CGUAGAUCCGCCCACAAUGACCAGACUACCCCGGCAAAUCCUCCUCCUCCUCCUCCUCUCGCUCAUUUCUUCCUCCACCGCCGAGAUCAGAACCCUGACCAUCACCUCCGAUUCCCGCCCCAUGAUCCUCUUCGAGAAAUUCGGCUUCACCCACAAUGGCUACGUCUCCGUGGCCGUCUCCUCCGUCUCCGUCUCUUCUUCCGCCACUGCUCCCAACCCCGACGCUUCCCGCCUCGGCUUCUUCCUCUUAUCCGAAGAAGCUCUCCUCCAAGUCCUCCUCGAGAUUCAACAAAAUCCUCACUUUUGCGUCCUCGAUUCUCGCUACAUCCAACAUCUCUUUACCUUCGCCGACCUCUCCCCGCCUCCGCUGUCGCGCUUCAACCAGACUUACCCCGUUUCUUCCCCCAACGAAUACUCCCUCUUUUUCUCCAAUUGCGCCCCCGAAACACGCGUUUCGAUGAACGUCCGGGCCGAAACCUACAACCUCGAACGCGACGGUUCUAGAGAUUACCUCUCCGCCGGUCUAACCCAGCUCCCUUCCCUUUACACCGUCUUCUCAAUCCUUUACUUAGUCUUCCUUGGUUGUUGGAUCUACAUUUGUUACACCAACAAACUGUCCGUACACCGGCUCCAUUUAUUGAUGUCCGGAUUGCUUUUAUUCAAAGCGUUGAAUCUGAUAUGCGCCGCCGAAGAUAAGCAUUACGUCAAGGUCACCGGAACUCCUCACGGUUGGGAUAUUUUAUUCUACAUUUUUCAAUUCAUUCGCGUCGUUUUGCUUUUCACCGUCAUCAUUUUGAUCGGCACCGGUUGGUCGUUUCUGAAACCAUUUCUACAAGAAAGGGAGAAGAAGGUUCUGAUGAUCGUGAUUCCGCUCCAAGUUUUAGCUAAUAUCGCUUCGGUUGUGAUCGGAGAAACUGGGCCGUUCAUUAAAGAUUGGGUAACAUGGAAUCAGUUGUUUUUGCUGGUUGAUAUCAUUUGCUGUUGCGCUAUCAUCUUCCCGAUCGUUUGGUCGAUCCGUUCAUUGAGAGAAACCUCGAAAACCGAUGGCAAGGCCGCGAGGAAUUUGGCGAAGUUGACACUGUUUAGGCAGUUUUACAUCGUGGUGAUCGGGUACUUGUAUUUCACGAGAAUUGCGGUGUUUGCUUUGAGGACGAUCGCCGCUUACAAAUAUCAAUGGGUUAGUAAUGCAGCCGAGGAGGCCGCGAGUCUUGCGUUUUAUUUGUUUAUGUUUUACAUGUUUAGGCCGGUGGAGAAAAAUGAGUACUUCGUUCUGGAUGAGGAUGAUGAAGAGGCUGCUGAAAUCGCUCUCAGAGAUGAAGAGUUCGAGCUUUGAG